GGAGAGCUAGAGAGCGAGCGAGCAGCGAGCAGCAGCAGCCAGCACUUUUCAGCUCAUUUUCUCUCUGUCAUUCCCCUCUCAAUCUUUGAUCCAUGUACUUGCCAGAGAGAACCGAAGUCCUUCAAACCUCCCCCUUUUCACCUUCAUCUUUAACUUGGUGCUAGAGCAAGGACCACAAAACAAACCACCCUCCCCCCUUCCCCUAAACCCCAACGCUACCGCCCGCAGCGGACUUCUCAUUCCCCACUUGCGGGACACUUUGUGCGUUUCUCUCUCUCACUCUUCCCCCUUCUCGGCGACAGCUGUUUUGGGAUCUCCCCCCAUCCUCCCCCGACCCUCUUUUUGUCCGUGCGGCAACUUUUUUCCCCCCCCCUUCGUAUAUGUGACCAUGGCCGUACCGGCUGCUUUGAUCCCUCCGACCCAGCUGGUCCCCCCUCCACCUCCGAUCUCAACUUCUGCCGCCUGCACCACCACUACCACCACCUCGUCGGCCACCUCGUCUCCGUCUCCUUCCAUCGCUCCCCCGCCAGCCUCUUCGGGGACGAACCUAUUCCGGCCGGAGCCCAUCGCAGCGGCGGCGGCGGCGGCGGCCACAGUCACCUCCACCACCAGCAGCGGAGGAGGCAGCAGCAGCAGCAGCAGCAGCAGCAACGGAGGAGGCGGCGGCGGCGGCAACAAUUGCAGCCCCAGCCUGGGCACCAGCAGCAGCAGCAGCAGCAGCGCAGGCGGCGGCGGCGGCACCUCCACCCCCAGCGCUAGCACCGCUAACAGCAGCAGCCUGCCGGGCAAGCCGGUGUACUCGACCCCGUCCCCGGUGGAGAACACCCCCCAGAAUAAUGAGUGCAAGAUGGUGGAUCUGAGGGGGGCCAAGGUGGCCUCUUUCACCGUGGAGGGCUGCGAGCUCAUCUGCCUGCCCCAGGCUUUCGACCUCUUCCUGAAGCACUUGGUCGGGGGCUUGCACACCGUCUACACCAAGCUGAAGCGGCUGGAGAUCACGCCCGUGGUGUGCAACGUGGAGCAGGUCCGGAUCCUGAGGGGGCUGGGGGCCAUCCAGCCCGGCGUGAACCGCUGCAAACUCAUCUCCAGGAAGGAUUUCGAGACCCUCUACAACGACUGCACCAACGCAAGUUCUAGACCUGGAAGGCCUCCUAAGAGGACUCAAAGUGUCACCUCCCCAGAGAAUUCUCAUAUCAUGCCACACUCUGUCCCAGGUCUAAUGUCUCCUGGAAUCAUCCCGCCAACAGGUCUGACAGCAGCAGCUGCAGCAGCAGCAGCUGCUACCAAUGCAGCCAUAGCAGAAGCAAUGAAAGUGAAAAAAAUCAAAUUAGAAGCUAUGUCCAACUAUCAUGCCAGUAAUAACCAACAUGGAGCAGAGUCUGAGAAUGGAGAUCUGAAUUCAAGUGUUGGCAGCAGUGAUGGUUCUUGGGAUAAAGAAAAGCUUCAGUCUCCCCCUACCCAAGGAUCACAGGCCUCAGUUAACCAUCCCAGCUUGCCUGGACAGCAUAACCUUCCAGUUAGCCAUCCUCUCAACCCUCUUCAACAGAACCACCUUCUGCCAAAUGGCCUGGAACUUCCUUUUAUGAUGAUGCCCCACCCAUUAAUUCCUGUCAGCCUACCUCCAGCAUCUGUCACAAUGGCCAUGAGUCAGAUGAACCACCUUAGUACCAUUGCAAAUAUGGCAGCAGCAGCACAAGUACAGAGUCCCCCAUCCAGAGUCGAGACAUCUGUUAUUAAGGAACGUGUUCCAGACAGCCCAUCUCCUGCUCCUUCCCUUGAAGAAGGUCGAAGACCUGGCAGUCAUCCAUCAUCUCAUCGAAGCAGCAGUGUGUCCAGCUCACCGGCACGGACUGAGAGCUCGUCAGACAGAAUCCCAGCUGUACAUCAGAAUGGGCUAUCCAUGAACCAGAUGCUGAUGGGUUUAUCACCUAACGUCCUACCUGGCCCUAAAGAAGGUGAUCUGGCUGGUCAUGAGGUUGGACAUGAGACAAAAAGAAUACAUAUUGAGAAAGAUGAGACCCCGCUCUCCACACCAACCGCAAGAGACAGCCUUGACAAACUUUCUCUAACUGGGCAUGGGCAACCACUACCGCCAGGUUUUCCAUCUCCUUUUCUAUUCCCUGAUGGACUGUCCUCCAUAGAGACUCUCCUGACUAACAUCCAGGGCCUAUUAAAGGUUGCCAUAGACAAUGCCAGAGCUCAAGAGAAACAGGUCCAGCUGGAAAAGACGGAGCUGAAGAUGGAGUUGUUCAGGGAACGAGAACUGAGGGAAACUCUUGAAAAACAGCUGGCUGUGGAACAGAAGAACAGAGCAAUAAUUCAGAAAAGGUUAAAGAAAGAAAAGAAGGCAAAGAGGAAAUUGCAGGAGGCGCUUGAAUUUGAGACUAAGCGGCGGGAACAAGCAGAACAAACAUUGAAACAGGCAACUUCAACAGACAGUCUCAGGGCCCUAAAUGACUCUCUGACCCCAGAGAUAGAAGCUGACCGCAGCGGGGGCAGAACAGAUGCUGAAAGGACAAUACAAGAUGGACGACUUUAUUUGAAAACUACAGUCAUGUACUGAAUUUUUCCUGCUGAAGCAAUUUGUGCUACGGUAAAGAACUUUGCAGUAAGACGUUCAUUAUUUGGAAGUUCUGCAACAACAAAGUGUUUUCAAGGCAACUUCCUUAACUUUGUGUAUCAAUGUUCUUCAAAAGUUUAAAGCAUUCUGCAAGAGUGUUCUCCUUUGGUUAUCACCUGUGGCUCAAGCCAGAGACCUAGAGAAUGUUUGUAAAUGUACAAGUUUCACUCUUCUUACAGUCAAAAACUGCAGCUUUGCUAUUGGAUCCUUGUAUACAAAGUUAUAGACCAGUCAGAACAAGGCCUAACAUUCCCCUUUUAAUGGAAUGAAAACUCUGUCCUCCUCUGAUGAUUCUGUAUUUGAGCACAUCAAACAAUCCUUCCAGCAGUAUCCACCUACACUUACAGACUGUUUUGUCAUACCUAAACCAGCAAGUCAGCUCAGAAGUAAACUUGUAUGGGGGCGUAAGAGGAUUCCGACAAAAAAAAAGUAAAAGGGAAAAAAAACCUGUUAUAUUCAAUUUUCAAACUCUGUGAACGUGGGUUUUCUUCUAAAGAUUUUUUUCCACAUGCUUUCCAGGAGACCAACACCUGGAUGCUAGACCACAUGAAGUAAAAUGAAAUUUUGUCUAAGAGAAAGGAAAUGCUGAAUGUAAGCAAAACUGUUUUACUGUUCACAAAGUCUCUUUUCCUAAAAUAAACAUAAAAAUAUAAAUAAAACGAGUAAUAAUUUCUCAUUCUAAACUGGCAGGGGUUUAUGGGAAAAAAAAGACUUUGCUUCUUAUUCAAACUGUUGGUCACGUGUACAGUAUAUAAACACAAACCACACCAGGAAGGUAUUAUGUAUGCAGUAGAAUACUAGCAUUUAGGAAAAUGAACAUUUUAGAUAAUGUUUUGUCACCCUGUUUGUCAGAAAGACGCCUUUCUAGUUUUAACGCAUGCAGGCAUGUAAAUAUUUGUCCUGGAGUCACAGUAUUAAUGAAUGAGAUCUUAAGCAUCUGGUAACGAAUGAGAAUUCCGUAUCAGCCACUUUUAUUUGUAUAUUGAUCCCUGAUUAGUGCCCUGAAACAGCACUUUUAAGAAUGGACUGUGGCUGAGCAGCAAGUCAAAACACCAGAAAUAUUUUUAUAUGUUAAUGUCAUAUUACGUCAAUGUUGCUAAAAAGAAAACCUAACAAACACUAGAUGUAUCAGUCCAAUACCACAUAGAGCUGAGUGAUACAGUUGAAGUUUGUUGUUCCUCCCUCACCUUAUCUUAGGGAAGGGUGGUUAUGUGUUAUUUUCACUGUCUUUAUGAAAGCUACAAUGUGCUUUCACCUUUGUGCUGAUAACUGGAAGUAAGCUGCAUCACACUGCUUAUUACAUACCUACAUUAUGUUCCUUGCUUUGCAUAAUUUUAAGUUACCCCUUUAAAGACUGAUUUGGUGAAUCAGCGUUGUUACUGUAAGUUUUGUGAUUAUGCUUUCUUCAUCUGUAAUGUAUGCAUAUAAAAUGUUAUUUAUUACAUGGAAACAUAUCAGAAUCUUAAAUGUCUAAGAUGCCUAACUUAAGAAAAUUCUCCUUUACAAAUAGUUCUGAUUGGAUAUCAUUUUAUCAAAUUAAAAAAGAAAUCUAAAGAUUUGUAAACUCUAGCUCUGCGCUUCUAUUGUUUUGUAGGUCUUUCCUUGCCAUGCUGGUACACCCUUAUUUAGUCCACCACAAUCCUUUUCUAACAAUAGAAAAGUUGUAUAUACAAGUUCACAUCAUGGUAAUUUUUUUAAAGAAAUGUCGAGCAAUAUUUUUCAUUAAAUAUCGUUACCAAAUACUUUAUAGUAACGUUGUUUUUUUAAUCAUGAUUUUUUCAUAGUUGCUUGAACACUUCAGAGAUUCUGUACACCAGUUUUUUCAUAUGCAGUCUUUAAAGGGUUAACAGCUGUAAAUUUUGAUGGACUCGUGGCAAGCUUUUGAAUCAUUCAUAUCUGAAAGAGAAUUAAAGCCUACAACUGAAACAUGUAGUAGCAUCUGCCAUUGCUCUGCUCCUUGCAUAGAGUCACCUGUAAGUUGGUUUAAUUGUUUUACAGUAUAUAUUUUCAAGACCUUUAGGAAUGCCUCAGUAUUUGGCUUGGUACAUAAAUGGAAAUGUUAAGGAUUAAGGGGGAAACAAUUCAUAAGAUUAAGAGCUUAAUAAAAUGGUAUAAAUAUUACAAUUCAUUAAAUAUUACCAUCAGCUGAACUUUUGCCCCUCUUCAGUUACACAAGUUUUGGGUUGCUGGGUUUUUUCUUUGUUUGUUUUGUUUUUUCUUUGUUUGUUUGUUUUUGCAUAGAUUAUGAAGAAAAAGUGUGCUCAUGGUAUUGUUUAUAUGCUUUUGAAAUCUUAAAAAUAUUAAUGUCUAGUUGUUCUAUAUUAUAACCACAUUUGCGCUCUAUGCAAGCCCUUGGAACAGAACAUUCUCAUCUUCAUG